CCAGAUGUCAGCUGAGUGUCUCUGGGGUUUUUGGUUCUUCUCAACUUCUGGGAGCAGAUUGUCUCAGCUGGCUACCUGAUCAGCGUGUCGCCCUCCAUCAAAGAGGAACGACAAGCAACUGAGUGCGAGCAAGGGAGGGUGAGAUCUUCACUCGGCACAGCUGGGACCUGCUGAGGAUGUGUCCACAGGCAAAUGCAGGCUCCUCUGGUGCACGACACAAUUCUGGAUACCUUCAUGGAUGCUGUGGAUACUCAGCACUUCUGGAAAAGCAGGAGCACAGGAAAUGCCAAGCCAGUUGUGCUGUACCUGCUUGGGAAAAAGAACCCCGAAACAACCCAAGGAAAUAAGAAAGAUUUAAUUGCAAAAAAGUGCAACACAAACCUAAAGACCACAAGGGACGACCCUGAGCCCGUGGCAGCACCACCCGAGCCGCUGCACCGCCAGCGGGUGAAGGUGACCGAGGGCCGGCGGAGCAGGAAGAGGGACCUGCUCCUCUACAAGGACACCUUGGUCAUCGCCAAGGCCAAACGUGGCAGCACCCCGCGCCCGCAGCUCUGCCUGGCCCUGGCCAUGCUGCAGGUGUUCUGCAGCGGGAAGGGGGCGGCCGGCGAUGGGACCAUGGAGGAGAAGGGCAAGGACGCCAAGUCCCUCGUCCUCCUCUGGCCCUCUGGAUCCUGCAUAGUCACCUUCUGCUCCCGGGUGGUGAAGGAGCUCUGGCUCAGCGCCCUCCUUGGGCCACCAGCAGGAGUGGAGGGAGCCCGGGUGACCCAGGUGCCCUCCAUCAAGCUCCUGCGGAAGGAGCUGAGGCGCCGCAAGGCUGCAAUGCCACUCCACGCCAGCAGCCUGGAGAGACUGGUGGAGCGCCAGGCAGAGCAGGGGGACAGUGCUGAGAGGCUGCGGGAGCACUCACCUGGCACUUCUCCUCCAUGCCUCUUUGCCCUCUUGUCCUUGCCAUCAGGUGGGACCGGCAGCAGGAGGAGGUUUCUUCCCUGGCCAUUUGGCCGGCGAGGGAACUCGGCCACUGCAGCGGCGCCCGGGUCGGCGGCCUCUGGGAACAGCGGGGCUCUCUUUGGCCGGCCCCUGGAAGCUCUCUGCAGCCAGGAUGGCACCCUACCCCAGCCCAUCCAGGACCUGCUGGCUCUUCUGCAGCAGCACGGGCCAUCCACGGAGGGGAUCUUCCGGCUGGCGGCCGGCGAGCACGCCUCGCGGCAGCUGAGGGAGGCCCUGGACUCUGGAGCAGAGGUCCAGCUGGAAAGCCAGCCUGCGCACUUGCUGGCCGUCAUCUUGAAGCCCUUGGCCUUGCAGGACUUCCUCCGUAAGAUGCCCUCCAAGCUCCUUCGGGCAGAGCUCUAUGAGGACUGGAUGAGCGCCCUGCAGAAGGAGAGCAGGCAGGAGAAGCUGGCAGCACUGAAAGAGGUGGCCAGCAAGUUGCCCAAAGGCAAUCUCCUGCUCCUUAAGCAGUUGCUAUCCCUGCUGCAGAACAUCAGCAGCAAUGUGGCCACCAGCAGGAUGAAUGGCCACAACCUGGCCAUCUGUGUGGGGCCGAACCUGCUCAGCCCACCAGAGGAGCACACACUCCCCCUCGACGUCCUGGUGGAGGUGACACAGAAGGUGACAGAGCUGGUGGAGUUCCUCCUUGAGCACCGUGGGGAACUCUUUGAGAAGGAGGAGGAGACUGUGUUUGCCGGGGCAUCAGGAGAGGAGUCAGCGGCACUGGAGGCAAAAGCAGAAACAGGAGAAGUGCCUCCAGUUGAUGCAGAGUGCAAGCACGUGCAGAGGUUGUCCGAGGAGAAAAGGUAA